AUGGGUGACAUCGUUGCGGCGGAGGGGGCGGGUGUGGAGGGUGCAUUCAUCGGGGCAGAGGAGGAAGAGAUGGGUGUGCGGCCUCUGCUGGGUGUAAAGGACCUUCGUAAUUCCAUGAUACUGGACGCGGACAUAAGAGAUCUGCUGCGCCUGCGUCAUCAACUUGUCGACGACGCAAAAGCCCACGAGGCACUGCAGCAACGGCGAACCGAGGCGGAGACUGCGAAGGUGGAACAACGGGGGGUACUCACCGCUCAUCAGACGGGGAUCGUUUUGGUGUGGUCCUCUCUGUAUCCUAGUGGAGUGGUGAUGACGAAUGCCACGAAACUCCCGGAGUGUGCUACGGAGACCCACACGGAAGACACGUGCAUUAUUCGCAAUGUUGGUGCCUUUGACACGCCGCUUUCCAAAUAG